AUGGAAGAGGAGAAAUAUUUGCCUGAGCUGAUGGCAGAGAAAGAUAGCCUGGAUCCAUCUUUUGUGCAUGCAUCGCGCCUUUUGGCGGAAGAAAUUGAAAAAUUCCAAGGUUCUGAUGGAAAAAAGGAUGAUGAAGAAAAGAAAUAUCUUGAUGUCAUCAGCAACAAAAACAUAAAGCUCUCAGAAAGGGUAUUGAUCCCUGUGAAACAAUAUCCAAAGUUCAAUUUUGUGGGGAAAUUGCUUGGACCAAGAGGAAACUCCUUGAAGAGGCUACAGGAAGAAACAGGUGCUAAAAUGUCUAUCCUGGGCAAAGGAUCAAUGAGAGACAAAGCAAAGGAAGAAGAGCUAAGGAAGAGUGGGGAAGCCAAAUAUGCCCACUUGAGUGAUGAACUUCAUGUGUUAAUUGAAGUGUUCGCUCCACCUGGGGAAGCUUAUUCACGUAUGAGUCAUGCAUUGGAAGAGAUUAAAAAAUUCCUGGUUCCUGACUAUAAUGAUGAAAUUCGUCAGGAACAACUACGUGAAUUAUCCUACUUAAAUGGCUCGGAAGACUCUGGUCGUGGCAGAGGUAUUAGAGGCAGAGGGAUCAGAAUAGCCCCCACAACGCCUUCAAGGAGUCGUGGGGGUGCCAUUCCUCCUCCCUUACCACCUGGACGAGGUGUUCUCACUCCUCGAGGGACCACUGUGACCCGGGGAGCUCUCCCAGUGGCCCCCGUAGCAAGGGGUGUCCCUACCCCACGAGCUCGGGGGACACCAACAGUGCCAGGAUACAGGGCGCCCCCUCCUCCAGCCCACGAGGCUUAUGAAGAAUAUGUAACAUUGGCUUUAAGUUUCUUUAUUGAUUCAGUGUCUUUCUAUCAUUUUCCGCCUCAGGGGUAUGAUGAUGGCUACGGGGGUGAAUAUGAUGACCAGACUUAUGAGACAUAUGAUAACAGCUAUGCCACCCAAACACAAAGUGUGCCUGAAUACUAUGACUACGGUCAUGGAGUAAGUGAGGAUGCCUAUGACAGCUACGCCCCAGAAGAAUGGGCCACCACCCGCUCCAGCCUGAAGGCACCACCGCCAAGGUCAGCCAGAGGGGCAUACAGGGAGCACCCCUAUGGUAGAUAUUGA